AUGGGCAAGGCAGGAGGAGACGACGCUGCUGCUGCUGCCAAGAAAGCGGCCGCUGCGCCCACCGAGGGGUCGUCUUCCGCAAAGGGGUACGCAGCGGGUAUUGCGAGCGGUCUCACAAAGCUCGCAGUUGGACAGCCCAUGGACAUCGUGAAAGUACGUCUCCAGUGCUCGCCACCACACAUGUACCGCGGUCCGCUGGACUGCUUUCUCCAGCUGGCCCGUCGCGAAUCUCUGCUAGGCUUGUACAAGGGGGCCAGCCCAGUAGCCGUCAGCUGGUCAAUAAGCGAUGCGGUCCUGAUGGGGACGCUGCACAAUCUGCGGCUCGUCUUCAGUCGAUGGACCGGCUCAGGGGGCGAGAAUGGCAAGAAGCUGCCAGUCAUUUGGCACGCGGCCGCCGGACUAGGGGCAGGAUGGACAAACUCGUUGGUGCAGGCACCUGCGGAGAAUCUCAAGACGCUACUUCAAGUGCAAACGCAGAGGGUGUCGCUGGGAGGAAGGAGCGCGGGUAUCAAAGCUGGAGAGCAAGUGUUAUUCACUGGACCAAUCUCAGCAGCAAAGGCGAUCAUCAAGCACCACGGUCCGUUGGGCCUGUGGAGGACAAUGCCUGCGACGCUCAUGUUCAGGUCGAGCUUCGCCGUAAUGUUCGGCAGCUUCGAGCUCUUCUCCCAACUCUUCACCUCGCUCAAAGGCACUCGCGCCGAGCUCAGCCCUGCCUUCGCAACUUUCCUCGCCGGUGGACUGGCAGCCGAAUGUUUCUGGCUCGCCGCCUUCCCCGCGGACGCCGUCAAGAAUCUGAUGAUGUCCGACGAGCCGGGCAAGCUGCGCUAUCCUACGGUGAGGAGUGCAUGGAGGGAGAUUUGGUAUGAUAGACCGGGCAAGGAGGCGGGGGUGUUGAAGAGAGUGAGGGGCACGUAUAGGGGAUUAGGGGUGUGCUUGCUGAGGGCCUUCCCUACGAAUGCGUGUAGCAUUCUGGUGUAUGAGACAACGAUGCGAUGGAUGGGGGCCGAGAAGACCACGACAACGUGA